AUGUUGUUAUCCAAGCUGAAUGAUGUGCUAGUGGUCAGUCUGACACACAUAGUGCAGCUUGACUUGGACCUGAAGUACAGGACCAACAUCAGGGACCUUUUUCAGGAGUUUCACCGGUUUCCUCCAGGAGCAGUUAUAGGGAUCGCCAGAGAGAUGCAGCCAGUAUACAGGCACACUUUCUGGCAGUACCGGAAGGAGAACCCUCAGACCAGAGUCGGGGAACCUCCUCCUGACGGCCUCCCGGGCUUCAACAGCGGUGUGAUGUUGUUGGACCUAGGCGCUAUGAGGUCCUCGGCUCUUUACAAUAAGCUGCUGGAGCCCAGCAAUGUGGCCAAGCUAGCAGACCAGUAUCGCUUUAGAGGCCACCUGGGUGAUCAAGACUUCUUUACCAUGAUCGGAAUGGAGCAUCCUGAACUGUUUUACUCCUUGGCGUGUGGCUGGAACCGGCAGCUGUGCACCUGGUGGAGGGAUCACGGAUACGGAGACAUAUUUCAGUUGUAUUAUCGCUGCGAUGGA